AAAUUUNAAAACCAGAUUCUAGCAAAAAAUGCCCGACAACCAGCCCCCACCGCGUGAGCCUCCGGCGCCGACGGUCUCGCUGCCAUCGAGAAGCUCGGUAGAGAGCCUGUUUAUGGGCGGGCCGGUGAUCAGCCCGGGCCCGAUGACCCUGGUCUCGAGCUUCUUCGCCGAUAAUGACCCCGGAGGCGAUUGCCGCUCCUUCUCUCAGCUUCUCGCCGGCGCCUCGUCGUCUCCCGCCGUGGCGCCUAGCAUCGGGCAGGAUUUUGAGUUUCAGCAGAGUAUGCCGGCGGGGUUGGUGGUGUCUCAGCCGCAGGGGAUAUUCGCGAUUUCGCCGGGGCUGAGUCCGGCUAGCUUUCUCGACUCGCCAGGGUUUUUCCCAUCAAAUUCGCAGGUGAAAAUGAAGUUGAAAAAUAAAGAGGUUCCUCCUAAGGUUUGUGACAAAAUGAAGCAAUUUGGACGACAAAGCUGUGAACAGGGAAAAUGGCAUGAACUUUCAUGUGAUUCAGCUUAUGUGAACCUAUUAGCAACAUACUUGUUUGGGUCAGUUUCUCUAGUUAUGGGUCAGCUAGGAAUAGCACAUCAACAAUUCCUUGCUCAAGUGAAUGCUCAGGCGCAACAACGGCUCAUGCACUCCGAAUAUCCAGCUUUGCAACAGAACAUGCCUCUCCCGAACCCAAACUCAGACCGUAAAACAAAUAAUGAGCCCAACAAAAUAUCUCAAUCUGAUCAGCAGAAAUCCCAACUUUCCAACUUAAAUGUCGAUAAACCAGCUGAGGAUGGAUACAACUGGAGGAAAUACGGGCAAAAGCAGGUGAAAGGGGCUGAAUAUCCCAGGAGCUAUUAUAAAUGCACUCAUCCUAGUUGUCCUGUCAAGAAGAAAGUCGAGCGGUCUCAGGAUGCUCAGAUAACGGAGAUUAUAUACAAGGGUCAGCAUAACCAUCCCCCGCCAAGUAAGCGUGCAAAGGAUAACUCUGAAUCUGAGGGUCAGACAGGAAAUGUAAACGGGGCUAAUAAAGAUCAAGAACCUAGUCAAGUUACACCCGACCAUGUGUCUGGAUCAAGUGAUAGCGAAGAAGUUGGCAAUGAUGAAACUGGAAUAAAUGGAAGAGACGAGGAUGAGCCCAACUCGAAAAGAAGGAAUAUUGAGCUUCAGCCUUUGGAGCAAGCAUCAACACACCGAAUUGUUACAGAGCCUAGGAUCAUUGUCCAGACAACGAGUGAAGUCGACCUCUUGGAUGAUGGUUACAGGUGGCGGAAAUAUGGUCAGAAGGUGGUCAAAGGGAAUCCUUACCCAAGAAGCUAUUACAAGUGCACCAGCCCAGGCUGCAACGUUCGGAAGCACGUGGAAAGAGCCCCGAGCGAACCAAAGGCUGUCAUUACAACAUAUGAAGGGAAGCACAAUCAUGAUGUCCCUGCAGCUAAGUCCAGCAGCCAUAGCUCCACUCUUUCCACUUCUUCACAGUUGAGAUUGAGACCUCCCAACACAAUACCUAAUACACAAAUGGGAAAUAUGAGAAUGGAUUUUAGGAACAAUGAGCAGCAGCAGCCUCCUGUAGCAUUUCUCCGUUUUAAGGAAGAACAGAUUACAUGAAUUUCUGCAGGUAAAACAUGGAACACCUUAAGCUAUUUCCUAUAAUAUUUAUUUGAUGUAAUAAAUAAUAUGAAAGAUAGGAAAUAGGAUAUACGUGGUAUAUACAUUUCACAGUUGAAUAUAGAACCAAUGAGUUCGGAUAGGGGUGUUUUGUUUGUUUAUUUAUUUAUAUUUUUUUCUGAUGGAUAUGAUGCUUGUAUGAUUAUGUGAAUUCUUUUGAUCUGUAAUUAUUUUGUACUGAUAUUGUCUGAUUGUGAAAUAUUUGUAUUUAAAAUUCAAAGACGUGCAAGUGUUCUAAGUUGAAGUGAGAUUGUGCUAA